GUGAAACGGUGACGCCAGCCAUCAAUCAAGCUCACCUCAUUUUUGCACGUAGCCGUGGGUCCUUCAUUGUCAAGCGCACAGAGAAAUGGCCGCUGCGUUCGUACGUACGCGACUCCGAAGAGAUAUGGUACCCGGACGGUGACGUUGUUCUCGAGGCAACGCGUCUUCAAUCGAAGUAACUUCAAUUAUAUCAAGGACUACUUGCUCUCAGCUGGGAGGUGCUUUAUGACCUGUUCGCGAUCGGUCAAACGAAGGCUGUGGAGACGAUUAACGGAUAUCCUGCCGUCCACUUCCCGACCAUCCCACAGAACUCCGCCAUCUCCUCUAAGUACUUUUUGCGUGGGCGUCGUCUCAUACUGUCCAGUGUAUGCAGUGCUGAAGGCCAACUCGAUAGAUACUUCCGCGGUCGUUGCUGCCCUCAUCCGACUUUCUCACAAAUACCAAAUCGAAUGGGUGCGCGACGCCUACCUUUCGAGGAUGAAGUCGUGUUUCUGUACCGACUUUAAGACACGAUUCGCAGCAUACAAGGCUUCCGGAAAUUCCUCGAUGCAGUUUUGCGGCACAGAUGCCAUCCAAGCAGUGACCGGUGACCGGUUGACCAGUCAAUAUCGCGCGGGGUCGUGAUAAGUCGCGUGAACAUUCGAUCGAGAGGUCGAGUC